CAAUGAUUUAUACCGAAUGCUUCAAAUAAUGAAAACACACGAGUUUUAUUCCAAAAAUUACAGUUGUAGCAUAUAAGAUGGAUCUUUUCACAGUUGACACAGUUGGAUCAAGCGAAAAUGAAUUGCGUCGUGCUGUGCACUUGCCUACGGUUUCGCGCCAGAGUGUUUUAACCCGUGAAACAACGAAUAAUGGUAAAAAGCCAACAGAACCGCUGCAGGAGGAAAGUGACGAUGAAGAUUAUGGAGGAUUACCACCGCCAAGCACAGAUAUUUUUCAAAUCCUCCGAGAGGAUGAAGCGCCUGGAAAUUUCCAGAGCUACCCAAAAGCAGGAUUUGCAAAGGAUUUCGCCGACGAUAUCGGAUGUGCAACGGUACCAACAUUACUUCGGAAAACUCGUUUUGCCGGAACAACAGCGGUGGAAGAGCUAACCGUCACCGAUGUCAGACACCACAUGAAAGCGGCUGUGGUGACGCCAGCAAUGGAGAAGCAUGAGAGUUUAGCUACUCUGUCAAUGAGUGAAAGACAGCUCAGGGAGCUAAACAGGAAAGAACGAGCGAAAACCAAGGGAAAAGAUUGGUUCAAUCUCCCUACCCAGGAAAUGACUGAAGACAUAAAAAAUGAACUUGAGCUGAUUCGUAUGCGAUCGGUUUUAGAUCCUAAGCAUUUCUACAAACGAAGUGAAAUGAAGACGCUUCCAAAGUACUUCCAGAUAGGUAAAGUGAUUGACUCCCCAUUGGAUCAUUACAAUGAGCGUGGAGCGAAAAAGGUGAAAUCCAAAACCCUUGUGGAUGAACUUCUGGAAGACGCAAAAUUCCAGAAAUACAACAAGAAAAAAUACGCCGAGGCACUCGAGAAAAGGAAAAAGAAAGCCUAUCACAAAGCAGCGAUCAAAAUGAAAAAGUUGAAAAAACAAAAGAAAUAAAAUUAACAUAAAUAACUUUUA